AAACGUUAGGCUCUAGAUUAGUUGGUCAUCCAUAUGGACCCUUUCUCUCAAACACUAAUCGCAUUUAACUUGGUUUUUUGUCUCAUCAGGUCUGUAGCUGCAAGUGAUUCCUUAACUGUUCAAAACCCAUAUCUCAGAGAUGGCUUUAGUCUGGUCUCCAGAAAUGGAAACUUCGAAUUGGGUUUCUUCAGUCCUGGUCUUUUGGGUGAUCGUUACUUGGGAAUUUGGUUCAAGAAUCGGCGAGGUCCGACCUCUGUUUGGGUUGCAAACAGGGAAAACCCCAUUAACGGCUCGUCUGGUGUAUUGGUAAUGAACAUUACUACAGGAAAUCUUACACUCUAUGGCCAUAAUACCACGGACGUUGUUUGGUCUGCCAGGUUACUGAGAAAAGUCCCCAAUGGGGUUUUGCAGUUAUUGGACAAUGGAAAUCUUGUGCUGAGAGAUGGGGAUGUUGAAAAUCCCCAAAACUACUCCUGGCAGAGCUUCGAUUACCCCACUGACACUCUCUUGCCAGGAAUGAAGUUAGGUUGGGACUUGAGAAAUAACAUUAAUAGAAGAUUGUCUGCUUGGAAAAAUCUCAAUGACCCAUCUCCUGGGAGCUUCACUUGGAGGAUGGAGCUUCAUGAAUAUCCUGAGACUGUUGUGUGGAAUGGCUCUAAAAAAUAUUUCAGGCAUGGCCCAUGGAACGGCGUGACAAUCAGUAGCUAGCCUUUAGGCUUAGCGCCAAACUUGAUACUCCACUUUGUU